AUGUGUGAGCGUGAGAACCGAGAUCUACUAGAGAACUAUCGCUCAGCUACGACGGAAGCGCAGCGUUGGGAGACGGAAGCAUCUCAAAGAUCAGGAGAGUCAUCUACAGUCAAGAUAGAAUUAAUGACUAGAGACUCAGAGAUGAAAAGACUACGCGAGAAAUUACUACUAUUAGAAAGGGAUGUCCAACAGCAUGUGUCCACAGAGCAAGCCUAUGAGCUACAAGUGUCGAGUCUAACCAGAUCUCUCGCUAACAUGGAGGAGAGUAUACGACAGCUACAGGACGAGAAGACGUCUCUAGUGCAGGAUCUUACUGCUGUUAGAGAUCUCUGUAUUAAGCUAGAGAAUACUAAGGAAGUUAUGUCUCGUCAACUCACAACCAGAAAUAUAGACACUGAGCAGCUUGAGUCAUCAGUGGAUGACCAGCGACGUGAGAUAGAGAUGCUACGGAACCAGUUGGCAAGCCAGAGUCGUGAGCUUCAGACCUUAAGAUCCAGAGCUGCUCAGCUGGAGCAGACUUGGAGAAGUCAGAGACAGCUCACCAAGAGAAUAUCACAAGAGUUUCGGAGGUCAACAACUCUUUCUCCAACCAUCGCAGACAAUUCCAGUUUCACAAGAACCUCAUUGAUGUCGAAUCAUAACAGCUCCACCCGGAGAUCCUCAAGCCCCCAUAGACCAUCCUCUCCAACACGGAGGGCACUCUCACCAAGCAGGUCAGGUCGAAGGUCACCGGAGAGGUCAAUAUUGAAAUCCUCACCUGGGUACAGGUCAUCAUCACCAGACCGAAGUACGGAUGAGUAUUUAGAUGGUUUUGAAAAUGGAUAA